AACUGUCAAUGUCAGUAUCAUAUGUUCGACUUGUAGUACCCAUUAUGAAAUAAAUAACCCAAAAAUUAUUAAAUAGUAACAAAUAAUAAUAAUGGCUUUAUCAUUUUUUCGGUCUAAGUUUAUUGCAAGGCAUGUGAAACGACAACUGUAUCAGAACAAACGCAACGCUGGUUACCUAGUACUAAUUCCAGAAAUAGGUGAAGAUGCAGACAAGAACAUUUUAUUGUCCGACAAUGGUCUACCAGAGUUUAACGACAUCACAAUCGAAAAGUGUAUAGCUGCCAUCAGUAAACAGAGCUUAGAAUAUGAAAGUGGAGUGAAUCAAAUAGAACAAUUCACUGCAAACUGCAAAAAUGCCUUCAUCGAAAUAUUCCAGCCACUUGAGAAGCUGGACAGUCAGUUGGAGCUGACAUGGGGUAUGGCCAAGACCUUGUACCUUGGUAAUAGCUCACUGAUGCCCACAAAGUCUUAUAUUCAGAUACAUGAAAGAGCCCACAAAGCUAGAUCUUCCAAAUUCAAUAGCAUACCCAUUUACCAAGCUGCCGUUGACGAAAAAAAUCGAUUGAAAAACCUAACAGAUGAAGAACAAAGACUUCUGGAUAAGUAUAUAUUAGAAGGGAAACUGAAUGGGUUGGAUGUAAAAGGUAUCAAGAGAGAGAGACUUAAUAAUGUACUAGGGUCACUACAAAAGGAAAAGCAAACGUUCCGUGAGAAAGUUAAUGCUGCUAACAAGCUUUUUACUACUAGUAUCACAAAUCCUGAGGCACUGAGAGAGUUUCCAGAGAGCCUUAUUAAGUCUAUGGCUGGUAAUAAUGACCCAAGUAAAGGUCCUUGGCAGGUCACAUUGCAGCCUCAUAUAUAUGAACCCUUCAUGCAGUAUUGCCCUGACAGAAAUUUACGUUGGAAUGCUUGGCAGGCCAACGUCCAGAAAUGUUCGAAUUACGUCAACAAAGAGUUGGAAACUAGCUCGAAUUUAGAAAAAAUACGCAACUACCGACAGGAGCAAGCUUCAAUACUAGGUUUUGAUAAUUUUGUAGACAUGAGUAUGGAAACCAAAAUGGCAGGUUCCGUUGAAAAUAUUUACAGUAUAUUGGACAGUUUCCUUGAAACCGCUCGGCCUAUGCAAGAAGUAGAAAUCGAAUUACUGCAAAGAUAUGCUAAUGAACGUGGUUUCGAUGUGAAACUGGAGCAUUGGGAUAUACCUUACUGGCAGAGGAAACAAAAAUGGUCCCUUUACAAUUUCGAUGAAGACAAAAUCCGUGAAUACUUCCCACUUCCUAGAGUUAUCAAUAGCCUUUUUAAUCUGUGUAGUACACUAUUUAAUAUUAAAAUUGUUGAGCGAUCAGGGGUCCACACAUGGCACAAAGAUGUUAAGUUCUAUGAUGUUUACGACGACUCUAGUAAUUCCCCCGUAGCCGGUUUUUACUUAGACCCAUAUGCUCGUCAAGAUGAAAAAAUCCGUGUAUAUGACGACGCAGGAUGGCAUAUUUCUAUUCGCAACAAGUGUAAAAUUACAUCUACUACACCACUUUCGGCUCUAAUAUUCAACUUCCAAGCUCCAGAUGGUGAAAAUCAGUCGUUACUGUCGUUCAAUGAAGUUGCAGUACUGUUCCGAAGAUUUGGUCACGCUUUGCGUCAUUUGCUAACUAAAGCCAACUAUUCAGAGGUUGCAGGCUUAUCAAAUGUGGAAUGGGAUGCCGCGGAGGUUUGCGGUCAUGUCAUGACACACUGGCUCUAUGAUCCUCACACAAUACAAGCCAUCAGCGGUCACUACAGAUCUGAUGAACCAUUACCAGACGAUAUAAUGAGGAAUAUACAGAAUAUAAGAAAACACAUGUCAGGUUACGAAUUAUGUAAGGAAUUAUACUUAGCACGGUUAGAUUUGGAAAUGCAUUCAAAGAAAACGUUCUGGAGAGAUCUCGUAAGGGAGUUAUGGCCGAAGUACAACGUUUUACCGUUCGAUAAGUAUGACUCGCAUCCAUUGUCGUUUUUAAAAGUGGUAUCAGAAGAAUGGGGAGCUGCUUAUUACUGCCACUUGUGGUCGAAAAUGAUUGCAGCAGAUAUUUACAGUGCAUUUGAGGAAGCUAGACAAGGGGAACAGGAUAUCAUUAGUGUUGGAAAACGGUAUAGAGACACGUUUUUGGCACACGGAGGCAGCUGCCACCCUAGUGAAGUAUUCAGGCGGUUUCGAGGACGCGAUCCGUCCCCACAUGCUUUAUUAAGUAAUCUUGGACUGUCCAAAAAAAAUAUAGAAGAAUAGAACUAGAGAGUUAGUUACACAAGUAUUGUAUUGUAAUUCGAUUCCUAUUAUUAAUAAUUA